AUGCCCAGCUCCUUGUUCGCGGAGCUGGAGCGCAACGGCAACGGGGGCGGCGGGGGCGGCGGCGGCGGCGGGGAGACCCUGGACGACCAGCGGGCGUUGCAGCUCGCGCUCGACCAGCUCUCCCUGCUCGGGCUGGACAGUGACGAGGGCGCCGCGCUCUACGACAGCGAGCCGCGCAAGAAGAGCGUGAACAUGACCGAGUGCGUCCCGGUGCCCAGCUCCGAGCACGUCGCGGAGAUCGUGGGGCGGCAAGGUUGUAAAAUCAAAGCGCUGCGAGCAAAAACCAACACUUACAUCAAGACCCCCGUGCGUGGGGAGGAACCUGUCUUUGUUGUGACGGGGAGGAAGGAAGAUGUGGCCAUGGCCCGCAGGGAGAUCAUCUCAGCUGCCGAGCAUUUCUCUAUGAUCCGCGCCUCCCGGAACAAGAACACGGCACUCAACGGCUCAGUGCCAGGGCCCCCCAACCUGCCGGGACAGACCACCAUCCAGGUGCGUGUGCCCUACCGCGUGGUAGGGCUGGUAGUGGGACCCAAGGGCGCCACCAUCAAGCGUAUCCAGCAGCAGACACACACAUACAUUGUGACACCCAGCCGCGACAAGGAGCCUGUGUUCGAGGUGACCGGCAUGCCCGAGAAUGUGGACCGCGCUCGGGAGGAGAUCGAGGCCCACAUCGCCCUGCGGACAGGUGGCAUCGUGGAGCUCACCGACGAGAACGACUUCCAUGCCAACGGCACGGACGUGGGCUUCGAGCUGCACCACCAUGGCACGGGCACCGCCGGCCCAGGCAGCCUGUGGAGCAAACCCACGCCCACCCCGGGCCGCAAGCCCCUUGCCAGCUUCCGCAACGACAGCUCCAGCUCGCUGGGCAGCGCCUCCGCUGACUCCUACUUUAGUGGCAGUGCCAAUGCCACCCCGCGCCUGACGGACUACAGCCCCCCCAGCCCGGCACUCAGCUUUGCUCAGGGGGACACCCACGGCUAUACCUACCCCCCUGGGGACGCCACGGCACCCUCGCCCCCUGAUGCGGUAGGUGCCGCCACGGAGCUGCCAGCACCAGCCUUCGACCCGGCUCCCGCACCCCCUGCCGGGGCGCUGCCACCGCUGCUCUGGGCCCAGUUUGAGCGAUCCCCGGGGGGUGGCCCCGCUGCACCCGUGGCCUCGUCCUGCUCCUCCUCUGCAUCAUCUUCGUCCUCCGUGGUCUUUCCAGGGGGCAGCACUAGCGCACCUCCCAAUGCCAACCUGGGGCUGCUGGUACACCGGCGGCUGCACCCUGGUGCCAGCUGCCCUCGCCUGUCGCCACCGCCACCACCACCUCCACUGCACAUGGCCCCGGGGGCCGGCGAGCACCACCUAGCCCGGAGGGUGCGCAGUGACCCAGGUGGCGGGGGCCUGGCCUAUGCCGCUUAUGCCAACGGCAGCGCUGGCACACAGCCUGGAGACACGUCUGGCUCAUCAUCCUCAUCUGCCUCUUCUUCCUCCUCUUCCUCCUCCUCCUCCUCUUCCUCCUCCUCUUCGUCCGGGCUGCGCCGCAAGGGCAGCCGCGACUGCUCCGUGUGCUUCGAGAGUGAAGUGAUCGCGGCGCUGGUGCCCUGUGGACACAACCUCUUCUGCAUGGAGUGUGCCAACCGCAUCUGCGAGAAGAGCCAGCCCGAGUGCCCCGCGUGCCAUGCAGCCGUCACUCAGGCCAUCCGCAUCUUCUCCUGAAGCCACAAGCCCUGGUCCCCCAACAUACCCCGCCUGCUGCACCUCGCUGUGCCCUGACGCUCCUCAUCCAGCCCCAGGUUUGGGCUUUUGCUGCAGGCUAUGGCCCAGGAGACCACUCUCUGACUGUCCCCAGUGGGCAGCUUCCCCUGAAGAGGCCCCAUUUCUCCAAGGACUAGGAGGAGGAGGACCAGGAGCGCCCAGCGUGUCCCCGGGCAGGUCCCUGCUGCCGCCUGUGCGCUCCAGCGCCUGAACAAAGGAUCCUGCCGCGAAAUGUUAGUGGAAGGACCACGGAGUUCCUGGGAAGCCCAGGCUACUGCAGCUUUAUUAAUGGAAAAGAAACUGUAACAUAUCUCUUAUAUAUGAAAAAAGAAAAGUAAAGGGGGGGAAACAUUUCAAAGUUUUAAAAGAGAAAUUGCAUUAAUACAGAUUGAAGUAUUUUAUUCUUUUUUGACUUGAAAAAUUAUAUUUCAUAUCGCAAAGAUGUUUACAAGUAUUUUAAUUUAAGUUCAGUGAACUUUUUUGUAGCUGGGUUAAAUCUUUUUAUUUUAGUAUGGCCUUAUGGCACAGAACACUGUAUUAUUUUAAUAACCACACAAUCGUGACAGAAUUACAAACCAGAAAAUGUGUCAUGUUUCAAACAGGAUUCUGUUGGGAUGGGGAUUUUAUAGGUGCAGACAAAUCUAGCUCUGAUUCAGCCAACAUAUUUUCUAUUUGGUGAUACAAAGCAUAUUUUAUUCUAUAUUACUACAACCCCC